UCAUGACCUCGUCCCGCUCGAGAAGACGAAGACCGCAUGGCGGUACCGCCGCCCUCGUCCGAGGGACCUGUGCGCUGUUCGUAUGGCGCAACCACAUGCACGUAUCGGGGCUUCUGCAAAGAGAUGGCGUCGUAUGGGAAAGAGAAGAAGAAGAACUGUUUCACUGUAUAAUCAACCUGUGAAGAAGAUGCACCAUGGGACGCAGCACACAAGUCUCUGGCCCACUAAACUUGCAAGACAGUGAAUAUACCUCAGGCGUGCUCUACUAGUGCUUGAGGAAACACUAGCACGCAUGGCAAAUUUUCUUUGUCGUGUAGAGCACCAGCGUCUUCUUGUUUUGACGCAGAUCUUGCAAUAUCAAUAUCUUCAUCGUUGCUGCAUGCACUGAAACACUUUUUCCGUAUGAUUCAUCGACCAGCUUCGUCCGGGGGAGGACCAGGAGGAAUUCUCUGACACUGCCGCGGCUCAUGAAGUAUCCAACAUAGAACUGUAAAUAUGUCUCUGUCUGGAUGAAACAGAAACUUGUGAUGCUUGGCAGAGAAUCACGGCGAUUCGAUUUCCGGCGAAGCGUGUCGGCUGGUUUCUGAUUUGCUAGGUGUUGUCUGCCUUUGCCUUUGCCGAAGUGCUUUUGUUGGGCGCUUUAUCGACUGACGGACCAUCUACAUUCCCACCGAAAUCAGAGCGAUCGGGCUGACGAGAUGCGUCUUGUGGCUUUCAUUCAUUUUCUCUGCCACAUGGAGAAGUGGCGCUUGUUUUGGCUAACGUGUGUGACAGAUCGAUGAGGAUCAUGCUAGCUGAGCCUGACAAACCUUGCAUUCUGUCAGAAAGACCCAGACUGACACGCACUUUUCCUCUGCUUCUUGCAAACGUAUUUGUAUCGACAAGCAUGACACAGAAGUUGGCACUCUCUUGUUUUCAUGCAUCACAGAUCUUCCAGCUGUUCUUCAAAUCUGGUGUCGCGAUAAGUAAGAAAUCCAGUCCCAGAUGACAUUCCUAUUUGCAGUGCAUAAGUCACCCAACAGGAUUCCACACGAAUUGGAGAAGAUGCCUACCCACUGCAAAUAUGUCCUGGUCGGGAACAAGGAUGCAAACUUGUGUUACAGACUCUGGAUUAUGAUCACAUAGAGAUUCUCUGUUGCAUUAUUGCAUAUGCAACAAGAGACGAGUACUACAUUGGAAGAAUCUUUCCUUACUUGCUUUAAGAGAACCCAGCUACUUACUUUAGUGCUUAUGCCAUAACAGUAAGUAGCUGUGUUUCCAUCUCUUGCUACGCAAAUGGCAAAUUUUUCAUGCGUGGCAGGCAUCUCUACGGAGGCCUGAUUGGUGGAAGGCUUGCAAAAGAGUCCUUCCUGCGUGCUGCAUUGCAUUCCAGAAAAACAAUUAGUAUGUCAUGAUUCAAAAGACGCGUGACAAAUAGCACCAGAACUGCGGCUAGUACUCAGCGACCAACUAAACCAAAACAGCUACAAUAUUCCAGACCCCGGACCCAUAUUCAUAUUUCAUAGUGGUUCCUUUUUUGCGGGCAACGAAACAGAUGUGGAGCGUGCAUCUUUUGACGGAAGCGAGCCGACGUCGGCUGCGGAAGUUAUACUGUGUAAAAAGGUCCCGAUCCCCACCAGCAGUUUCACUGCGAUUUAUUUUAGUCGUUUUCUAGUACAUACAGUGCCGCAGAUUAGAUUUGUCACUCAGAUGUGCCUGCCCCGGAUAAGAUGUUUCUUAUGCGCAGCCCCAUGAGAUGACGAUGAUGAUGAAGAUGAUGAUGAUGCGCAACCCUCUCUGCGGUGCGUUUUCCAGUGGUUUUUGGAAUUUGUCAUAUGUAGUGAGGUCACCGAGCGGUUCUAAUCCGGGAACUUUUUUAACACCUACUGUGAAAAACUACCGGCAGCGGUCAAUCGGCCGAAGAGGUUUGGCACAUGAAAAGCUUUCAUAUUUUUCAUUCGGUUCCGGGUGUGGUGGUACCGAAUCGCCGGCGGAAGUUACCGCUGGCCGAUCUUGAAAACGCCGUAGAGGAGCCGACACGAGGCGCCCGGUGCAUCGGUUUCCGCCGAUCGGAGGUGCCCAAAAAGGGGCGCAAAAAAAUUAGCGGCGGGAAAAGAAAGCGCGACGCCGCGCGGUAUGGGGCUCAUUUGGCCCGCAUUUGAAGAGUGCAAAGCCGGCCACCAAUGCCGGGCAUUUGCAAUGCGGGGAGCAGGCCAAAAGGUGGCGCGGCCCUGUAGCAAAAGAAAAAAAGCACACCCGCAAAGUGCCCCAAAAGCGGAGGGGUGCUCCCCAUGCUACGGGCCCGAUUUGGGGCGCCCAAGGAGCCGGGCGGCCGUGGUGCGGGCCAUGGCAUUUGGCGAAGGCCUUCGAGCUCCGAAGACAGGAAGGCGGUAGCCUGUCGCGGUUGUGAUUUCUAGCAUCGGCUCCACUGUGCGGAGUAGCAUUAUCCGCGACCACGGAAUGCCCAGGACAAAAAACCGGGCGCAUUUUUCUCAUGGGGAUGCAUUGGGGAAGACGGAGCCGGGCAGUCAAAAGAACCGCCGCGACCCCACUGCCCCCGCCGGCUCGGCCCUUGUAGACACCAUCAUGACCAGCGCAACGCGCUGCCUGUGCAGCACGAUCGCAGCACGAGGGUGCUGCUGCCCAGACACCUCGUCAAAGACCGAAAGAAGAAAAGCGCGCGCGCCUCUCCUCGUCUUUGCGGCUUAUUUACUUGGAGCAAGAUAAGGGAGAAGUCGCCGCAGGCGUUAGAAAGUUGGCGCCUGUAUGUUCAAUUUUUUUGGAUGGGUUUUUCAUCAAUUGGGGCGCCAAGUGGUCUUCCCCUGCUGGAGGAGGGAGUAGGAAGCGCGCAGCAGUCUGCCAAAGGGCACGCUGGUCCUCGCCAGCGUCGUCAUCUAUCUAUCAAUGUGGGCGGCGCCGACAUAGCCGAAAAACACGGAAAAACCAAGGCUGGGCGCUUAGAUUGUGAAAAUGGGCCACCUAACUAGGUCAAGGCUGGUAGCGAGCCAGUCAGUGGCGUCGCGGACGUGCGAAGGCCUGACAGGCGGGGCCUCUGACGUUGUGCGUGCGUGGAAUUGGCAAAAAUUUGUAUUGCGUGGGAACCAAAAACAAAAUAAACUCUCCAGCUCUUGCUACGGAAGCAGGGGCUUUCUCAUGCGUGCUAGGCAACAGGAGGCCAGCAACAGCAUCAGACCUGCAAUGCUUUUGCGUGCAUAGGGAUAGGAGACCAUUUGUGUCGUGAUCGAGAAGAUGCAUGACAAACAUCGAUCCGCACUGAUCCAGACCCAGACACAUUUGCAGUCGGUGUGUUUUUUAGGUCUCUUAUGUUGUUCAGGUCUCUAAUUAUACUAUAUGCUGUUCAGCGCCAUCACUUCAUCGACCAUCAGCAUCAUCAUCAUAGCGCUAGCGCGGCGGGUUUAAAUUUAUUUUGCGACCACCACGACCAUGCUGGCGCUAGUUGAAAGCAACUGGCCCGCGAAGCUUCGUUAAGAGCCUUGGAUAGAUCUCGCCAGCAAUUCGCUACAGAGGCAAGAGAGGGGGACGGGCGACCAUGCGAUCUGGUGCAUCUGCGCCGGCGCUUCCGACGGCAACGCCCGGGGGUUGUGUUCGAUGUUUCUUUCUCACAAGCAUGUCGCGGCGCUACUAGUAGUGGCCAGCGCAGAGAGGAGUUCUGCCGAGGCUCUGCCUUUUCCUAACUGGUUUCCUUUCUUUUCCUUUCUUUUCCUUUCUUUCCCUUUCUUUUCCUCUUCUUUUCCUCUCCUUUUCUUUUCCCUUUCUUUUCCCUUUCUUUCCCCUUUCUUUUCCCUUUCUUUUCCCUUUCUUUUCCCUUUCUUUUCCCUUUCUUUUCCCUUUCUUUUCCCUUUCUUUUCCCUUUCUUUUCCCUUUCUUUUCCCUUUCUUUUCCCUUUCUUUUCCCUUUCUUUUCCCUUUCUUUUCCCUUUCUUUUCCCUUUCUUUUCCCUUUUUUUUCCCUUUUUUUUCCCUUUCUUUUCCUUUCUUUUCCUUUCUUUUCCGGUGGCAGCGCCGCUUUGCGCUUCCAUCUAGCGAGGCCGUAUAUUUAUUUUUAUCUCGGGCAGCCCGCCGUGCCUAUGCUGCUGGCCACUGCACUGACGGCCCAGUGUCAAUGUGCUGACGUCAGCGAGCUCGAUUCUUCGUGCGCAGCGUCUCUCGCUUUUGGGUAGCUAGUGGCGAGUGCGAAUCAGUAGCCGCUCCAUGGCGUUAGCGUUCACAUGCUGUCAGCGCAGCUCUUUCACUCCCACUUUGCGGACUACGAGAGCAAGGCCAAGGCGCGCGCGCGUUGUUUGCGCAGCUAUUUACUGCGCCGCCGACCAUUCAACGUGGAGGCGCAGUCCGUGACGUCGCUUCUUCCGAUCGCCUGACGAGUACCCUUCUCGCGGCAAAUUGGCUCUCUCGGGCGCCACACGGCGGCGGGUGUCGCUUGCAGCAAGCGUGUUUCCAGUGUGCCCGCGUCGCUCAGCCCUCUAUUUCACACCACCAAAUUCAAACAUCGUGAGCAUUUUGGCACCCAAAGUCGCGAUUCGCAGAGUCUCGAGCAUGGGGCGUGAGGCCCGCUUUUACUCAGGAUGGAUCUCCGCACGCUGACAUUUAGGGCGGACACGGUCUCUACCAUCGUCGAAGAGGGAGAUGCACUUGCAGAGGUAGGGCCACUACCCGAUCACUCAUUCAUGCAAAUGACGAGCAAACAAACCGAAUGCGACAAGGGGCUGCAGGACAAGCUUCUCGGCCUCUUUAAAAAGAAGCAUUGGGGUAAAAUGUCUUCUGCAGCAAAAGACGCCCAGACUGUGACAGCCGUUUUUCAUAACGGCUGCUCGGAAAAUGAGCCGCAAUAUGAUGGGCAAGACUUGUUAAAGGAAAUAGUCCGCGAGGAGCUUGAAAAUCCAAGUCAGGAGGCUCUCUCGGAAGUGAGUCCGAGUUCCAGCGACGAGGCGGGGACGAGUUCCAGCGACGAGGCGAGGAGCUUACGCAAAUUGACCGUGCACUUACGAGGAGGUCUUCUUCCACUGAUCCAGAGCGUUACGCUGUUUUCCAAGGCAAAGCAUAUGACCGGAAGCGCGCUUCACAAGGCGGUAGAAAAGAUAACUGCAGCGAAGAAUCGUGCUGCCAAAAUGGCAGCAGACCUCAAAGACAUGACUCGGAGGGUGUGGGCCAAGAUUCGCGCUACGCUGAGCAUGGUGCUUCCCCAGGACGACACUGCUAGCAAUACGGAGACAGCUGCCGCCGGAACGAGCUCCAUGGUGCAAAAGCAAAAGUUUACGAUCAGGGAGCUCGGCACGGCGAUGAUGCAGAAGAUUGUCAAGUUGGUGUCUGCCGGCGAUCUUAUGCAAAAGUUCGGGGAGAGAUUGGCCAACUGCUUCCUCGGAGAUCUCGUAAAAGCAUUUCCGGUCGAGGUUAAUCUCCAGGAACUCGUGAAACAGUUCUCGGGUGGUCUGCAAACGAGCCUGACGGAUGCUGCUUACGAGUUCUUUACCAACGUUGUCGCUCCCGCUCUGUGGGACAAUUUUAGUGCGUGGUGGAAAAAGCUGACUGGUGGAGAGAAGGCUGAGGAGAGUGCAGCUGAAGAAGCGCAAGAGCAGCACUUUGACAAAGUUCUGAAUGGCAAAGGCAAUAAGAUUUCGGCGCAGCGUAAAAAGGCAGCGAAAGUCAAAGGGGGACGGAUGGCGCGAUUUACGCGUCAAGCGAAACGCCUCGUAAGUAGAAACAGCAAGCAGAACGACGAGAUGCCGGCAGAUGUAGCCGCCAUGAUACCUCCAAAGCGUCGUUCCGCCACGGGGACGAAGACUACCUUUGCCUUUGGCGAGUUCGAGUCGAGUAUCGCAAGCGAGGCCGAGAAGGCGAGCAAGGCCGUUGCGGUUCCGGAAGGAACGUCUGAUGUAGCUAAAGCAGAAUGUGAAAAAGCGGCCAAGCAUUUUGUGAAGUAUGCGAUAGACUCUCUUGUGAAAAACCUUGUUGGCAACGUGAAGGAUGUAUUUCAGAAGUCCAUUUGGGCGGGAGUUUCUGCUGCGAUCGCGAAUUUUUUUGAGGACCUCGGGAACGGCGCUUUUGAAGCGGUUGAACAACUCACUGUUGAGAUCCCCGGACAGGCCACCUUCGUGCGAAGGCUAAUCGUCGAGCCAAUCGAGGACAAUAUUCUUGAUCCGCUUCCCGACAAACUGGCAGACGUGUCCGUGGCAUACAUCCGCAAAUCAACGGAGAUGCAAGAAAAGGUGGCGGCAGUGCUCGCACACCUGAUUCCGCUAAUCAGGAACCUGUUGCUGAAAAGUAAGCCACUGGACGAAAAUGGUGUACCGGUGUUGGCGAGUACACUCAUCAAGUACGCGGAUAGAGGGGAGAAAAUUGCGGAUAUGUUGCACAGUCUCAGUCGUGAGUUCCUGAACAGCUUGGCCUCCAACACACACGUAGCACACAUAGCAGAGGAACACCAACACGAGGGGGAAGCACACGAACCAGAACACAAACACAAGGUCAAAGCGCACGACACAACAAACCAACACGGUGGAGGGAGUAAAAGUAAAGCACACAGACUUAAACACGAUCACGAACACAAGGGUGAGGGAAAAGAUUUGCAGUCAAAACCAGAGGAAAAAGAACAUCUGGUGGAGACCUUCAAGGGGGCCCUGACGAUCCAUCUCCCAGGUUUCUGCGCCACCGUACUCGAUGUCUUCAACGAUGUGAUUUCGGAUAAAUUGUUUGCGAUCGUGAAAACAAUCACCGAUGGGUUGAAACGUAUUCCUUUUGUCGGUGCCCUGUUUACUUUAGCGCAGCCGCUAUUGCAUUAUUUCAGUGGGAAGGUCGCGGUGGGCCUGAUUGGUAAAGCUUUCGACGGAGCGAAGAACCUAGCCAAGGCCGUGCUAGGAGAGGCGAACCAUGACGCGGCGGCCGCUGCAGUCGUCAGCAAUCAGGAUACGGUGAUGCCCUAUGUGCAAGAUUUCGUCUUCGGAAAGAUUUCGGAGCUGCUACUAAAAAAAGUGCCUUGGUCGGUCGAAUUGCUCGGAAAGUUGAUGAAGCUGCUGCUGGGGCAGGACAAGGAGAAUCAGGAGGAAGCGGCACAACAGCACUCUUCCUUUUCCGUAAUUACCGAAUCGAACCUAACGCGAAAGGACGACAGCGGACAGCCGAGCAGCUUCGCGAUGGUAACUGAGCGGCGACAUGCUCCGAGCGGCGAAAUCUCCACAGGCGUUGACAGACAUGCUGUCAGCAUCGCGCCCCUGGGCGACGUCACAGGAGCUACGUCAGCUACAGAUACACCCGGCGAACUCAAUUCCGUUGGGGAUGGUCAAGAGGAGCGGGGCCUUUCGCUUUCUUCGCCGACCGGUCUUCUGGAGCUACGCGCAGAUACAGCUCCGGAACCGGGGGACCAAACAAAUCCAACAGAUAAAUCCCUUGUGCGCGGCGGUGACGUGAACCCAGGGGCUGUGAGCAAGGUGAUCCGUCAAAUCAAUGCUGUGAUGGGACACUUGGGCGACUUCUUCAAAGACGUCGCGAAAAGAGUGAAGAAUGUGCUUUGGGACCAGCUAGAAGUGGUUCAGAACAAUUUCCUGGGCGGCAGCUUCAUUACCGACAUUGCGCACUCCAUGUUUCAAAUGGCUCGCAGCACUUUAAUCGACGCCACCACGACUGCUUUUCUGAACUGGUACAAAGACAAGCAUGAGACCGCUCUAAACCCUAUCGCCGCCGCCGAGGUCGCGAAAAUGGUAGAGGACGCGGCUGAUUCGCGGGGCCCUGAGCUGCUCAAAGAUCUGAUUGACGAGAUGCGGAGCAAAGUGCUGCACGUGGCAAAAGACAUUCUCACGGGGAUCGCGACCAAGUUGAAAAAAUUCAUGAACAAAGCGAAAGACUUCGUGAUGCAAAUCGCUGGGAUGUGCGAGAUGGGAUUUGAGGCGAUUACCGAGAGGAUCAAAAAAUUCAUCACAGGCGCAGAGCCAUCGAUUGAAAAGUGCCUCAAGCCCCCGAAUCUAGAGGCGUUUGCUUUGUGGAGCCUUCAAAAUAUCUGAGCGCUUCUGCUAGCUUGAGCUUUCGCCUUACGAACGAAGACCCUAUGUAGAAUAAUCCAAUAAUUCACAAUGUUGAAUUAUAGCUGCAGUGGCAAAGCUUCAAACAAUUGCUGCCGAUUCUUCUGAAGGUUUUCCUUCUGAAGACCUUCUGAAUGUCCAAAGUCAUCUCUGAAACCUUCAGAAGAAAAAGAAUUGAAAAAAGCCACACUGUGCACGUUUUUGCUUUAGCGGGAAUAUAAGCGGUUGCCACCGUGGGCGUUUUGACCUUCUGAAGGUCGCACCUCCUGAGUGUUUUUUUUUUACCUUCAGAAGAAAAAAAAUGAAAGAAAUUAUGCAAAGAAAGCUUCUGCAGGUGAAAAGCGACCGCUUUGCGAAUCUUCUGAAGGUUGAAAACCUUCAGAAGUUCGUGGCACUUUUUUGCCCUUCAGAAGAUUUUCCGACUUUUUCGACAAAAAAAGACCGCGAAGUGUCGCAAUUUUGGCCAACCUUCACAAGGUUGAAAACCUUCGCAAGGUUUGUCAAUUGUUCCUCCAAGCCUGAUGCGAUAGCUUUGCGAUGUGCUUCUGUAAACUAAUUACAAACAAGCACAACUCGGAACAGCUUACAUUUCACAAGUUGCAAAAGCGCGCUCUGUGCACUAUGAUGCGCCGGCUGUGAGUUCUAGGUCUUCGCGAAAAAAGCUUCGCUCUUGCUUCCUCGCCUUGGGCGCUAGCCUAAGCCCAAUUUUGUCACGCUGAGCCCAUAUAUGUGCGGCGACUCUGAAGCCUGUAAGUAGUGCGAAGCAAAGAAGUCGCGCGCUUUGCUUCUUCUUUCGAAAUGAAUUUCGCACCACGUAGAACUUUUAUCACCGCCUGGGCCUGACUUUCCUGCUUUAUCUAAAAAAGUGCUAUUUUUUGUUGCUGAUUCCGUUUUCUCAUGCAUUUUCCACAAGAGUAAAAAAUUUUGCUGAUUACAGAUCCGGAGCGUGGAUAAGGAUAUGUUGCAUUUCGACCAUUUGAUAGAUGUUUUCGAAAAAACACUACAAACACGGCCGGGAGCCAGGCAGGAGGAAUCUUGGUCGGUGAGUAUCCGAGUGGGGCACUCGUUUGCAUUGUCAGGACGGAGAUGGUUCAGGAUAUGCAUAGGCUUCGGCUAGCCCUAGCCAGGCUUCACGAGGCUAGUACUAGCACUAGGCUAGGCAACAUGUCGCGCGAGGCUAAUGGCUAAAGUUCGAGCGCUUAUUUGGCUUUGAGUGUUUUGCACGUUGCCGAAGGGGUGACGCGAUCGCUUGGUCGAAAGUCAUCAGGUUGGCCGACCCGAGUCACUACUAUGCGCACCGAGUCCACAAAAACAACAAACAUGCCCACAGGCGCUGGCGCGCGCUGUGUUCUUGGGCGCCUAGAAAACGCUGCGCGUGUCGCCUGUUUCAGGACUGGGUCGGCGCUUGCGCCUAUUUGCAAAAAACUGCCUCUGUUGUUGAAGAUGCUCGGCCUUAUGAUUCCGUUGUUGAAAAUGCUCCGCCUUUUUUUUCUCAUUGUUGAACUUAAGGUGUACACGUUAAGUAUUAGAUUUGUGGUUAGUGAGAGACACAUCCUGCUGCAGGUUAAGACCCGCUAUGCCUUGCACUUGCUAACUUGCCUGGAUUUGGAAAAAUGCAAGUGGUGCUAUCCUUGGCUCUCAAAUCUAUCAUGCGCGCUAGGGGCGUCCUCAUGUCAUGAGUGCUCGCCGAUUGGGGCCAUCCCCAUGUCAUGCGACUGAGAGAUAGCCGGACGGGACGCAAAGCUCGUGCACGACGAAGAGAAAUCAAUCUGGAACGUGGAGCAUGUGAUGGAUCCGAUCUUCACACGAGCGACUCCGCGAGUUUUCCAGCAUCCAGACGCCAGCGGCAACCACUAUGCUUUAUCCAGCCUCACUAACCAAGCACUAAAUACUUAACGUCGAAAAGGUUUAGAAGGGUUGAAAAGGUCUAUUCAUUUUAGGGUUCUAGUUUGAUUUUACUCAACUGCACGUAAUAGCUUUCGACCUGACACUACAGCCAUUUCGAUAAGCCUUGCCCCACGACGCAGACGUGGGAAGUGGUUCUUUCUUACCACCACCAUGCAGCCAAUUGCUAUCCACCCGUCUUGGAAAUUUACAUUGCGCGUUCAGGCAUGGCGACGAGUCUCUCUAUUCGGAAACCGCACAUGCAAACGUCUUCAUGUCAAGGGGCCGGCACGCUUCUCAUCUCGAUACAAGACUCCGACUGCAAAAGAGGAGGCAGAAGAAAAACAGCAACUUGAGUUCAUGAAAGGAAACAUGACCCAGGCGCAAAACAGGCGCUCUCAAGGGCUGCUGAUGAAGGUUGGUCAUGGUCUUGCGCGCCUUGCUGGAGGAAAAAAGAAAGUACUUAUUAACUUAAACUUACUAUUUCCGUAUGCAAAUUAUAGACGUGGGUCGCACUCGCACGCCCACAACCUACAGGGUGAUCCAUUGCUCUCCUAUCCUAGGCCCUAAUCUGGUAACCAAAGAUUGCGCAAGCACUCGCGUCAUCCAUCGCAAGCGGGGCACGAAGGCUUCGCCGUUGCCAUAUGGGAGGAGCCCGGGGGUAUGCAACCACUCGCAAAGUCGGGCGCUUGCUUUCAGGUGCGUUUGGCCUCCAGGAGGCGGAUUCCGCUAAACUUUGCGGACUUUUUGCGAAAACAGCAAAAGCAGCGAUAUCCAAGCGGGGGAAGUGGGAGGGCAAAAUCAAAAAGAAGUACUGCGGCAGCUCCAUCUAGUCUGAUUCUGAAAAAGAGCUUGUGCUUGGCCGACGGUAUGAGGCUUCUUUUGGCGGAUAUCUUGCCACCCGUCGGCCGCCCUGGAAAGAAGCGCUAUCUUUCGCAGCAUGUAACCCCAAUCGGCGCAAAAAAAGUCGCGACUUUGCGCGCGGCCCUCAGACGCCUUGAAAACCGAAAGAAAUUGCGCAAAGAAGGCAACUACUCGUAGCAUGUAAGCGGCCUGCAGAAGGCGCGGACUUCGUCCGCGGCCCGUGGGCACCUGCUUGAAGUUUGCAAGUGAGUGAUGAUAUUUGCUGAAAAAGAAAAGACAAGGCAACACCGCCUGAAAGUGUGCACUGAAAAAAGGCGUCCAAAAUUUUUCGGGGGCUCCUUCCUCUGAGAUUAAAAAACAAAACGGCGAUCGGGCCUGUCGAGGUAUGCCCGCCCUCCACGGUUUUCAGCCCCCGGCGCGACCAAAAUUGAAAACCCUCCUUCAUCCCGGAAAUGCCCAGCCUCGGGGGCCCGAGUGUAUGUAUGGGCAGCCCGAAAUGGCGAAAAUUGUUCAAAUUUUUAGCCUGGAGAAAAAGCGCGCGAGUGGGCCCUCCGCGUAGGCUACAAAGAUGGCCGCGUGGCGAAUCGUGGUGGAGGCAAGGAGACACCUCGCGGGCAGGGGGCACGUUUCUACUGUUCGGGCUGGAAAGGACGCCCCUCUACGCAGGAGGGGGAGGUAUCCGCGGGGGCAUACCAUCCGGGCCAGCAGGGGUCAAUUUGUCACCCGCGUGCUACAAGGGAUACCCCGUUGCGAAGGGGCCGGAUUUCGCAUUUCGCCGCCGAAUGUGUUUCGCCGCGGGCCGCGACCCAAGAAGAGAGGCCCCGAGACAGAUGGGGUGUCUUCUCGGUUUGCCGGCUGCUUCGAGGCGAUGUUACAUAAAGAGACCGGCACGCUCUGAGACCUAAAACGUGAAACACGGCGGCAGCACGAGGGACGCUUUUUAUUUUGUGGGGAAGUAAAUACCGGGGAGCAGCACGUAUGUCGCCCGGGACAAGGAUUGUCCGGCGUCCGGGGGAUCCGCCCUCGCCCCCGGGGGAUCCGCCCUCGCCCCGGGGGAUACGCCCUCGCCCCCCGGGGGAUCCGCCCUCGGUUCGGGGGAUCCCGAUCCGCCCUCGCCCCAAGGGGUCCGCCCGCACGCUGGCUUCCCGGGGGAUCCGCCCAUCCCCGGGGGUCAACCCGCUUCCGGGGGAUCCGCCCCGCCCCGGGGGUCCGCCCGCCCACCAGGGGAUCCGCCCUCGCGCCCGGGGGGUCCGCCCGCUCUCCCGGGGGUCUGUCCUCGCUUCUGGGGGAUCCGCCCUCGCCCGGGUGGGGCCACCCUUUCGCUCGGGGGACCCGCCCCGCCCCGAGGGGUCCGCCCGCUCUCCGGGGGAUCCGCCCGGCCGCCGGGGGAUCCGCCCCCCGCAGCCCGGGUGGCCCGCCCUCGCUUCGGAGGAUCCGCCCGUGCCCCGGGGAUCCGCCCUUGUUGUGGGGGAUCCGCCCUAACCCCGGCCGGGGGAUCCGCCCUCGCCCCGGGGAAGUCCGCCAAGCCGAGGUAGCUAGAAGAUAGUGCUUCCUUGCCAACGGGGAAAGGGCACGCACGAAAUACGGCGCACAUUGGGCCAGGGGAUUCCGGCGAGGAUCUUGAAGACCCCUCAGGAAUCCUCUCCGGAACCCCCUCCCAAAAUCGAGGCAGUGCCGCCGGGGGACGACCGCAGAGUCUGCCUGUCUGUGCCGCCGCCGCUCCUGCGAAGCCCGUGCCUGUUUGUAGAGUUCAACUACCUCCAUACAGGCAAAGGCCUGGCACUAGUAAGCAGCGCGCUCCUUUUCCUGUGGUUUACGUAAGUGCUAGCUUAUGCGCUUUUGGUUUUUGCAGGCCUCGAAAAGGGAAAGGAACGGACCGCCCUCAGAUCUCCGAGGCUAUGCCAGACUCCCUAAAUUCCAUCCUGACUUGACGCUAGACCGCCCGCGGCGAAUAGAGUUCUGGGCUAUAUUUUUGAAGCAUUUUUGAAGUAAGGACGUUCUGAAAAAGUGGGCAGCUAUGCCCGCUGCAGGUCGUGCGCGAGGUGCGCCGGGUGCCGCGUUGCAGUCGUAGCUGCGACGUCAGUCUGCGCGCAGCCUCGUGCGGGUUUGUGAUGAAUCGCGCGGGCAGGCUUGCGCGUCGUCGGCGACAGUUCUGCGAUGCAACACUACGCCGCCUCGCUUUGUGCUUGAGGCAGCUUCUGAACGUAGGCCACUCUGGUGGCAGACGGUUCUGAGGCCCUCGCUAAUGGUGGCGAACGUUCAGCGAGAAUGCCUCCGCGCAAUUCGGCGGCACGUGCAGCCGGUCGGCAGUUGUUGAGUAACAUCGACAGCUGUUCAAGGCAGCCAGCUACCUUCGAGCACUUGCAAAAUAUUUUGACGGGAGCCGAGAUAUUUUGACAGCCAUCAGGCGCGACCUGUGACGGCAGUCAAGCGAUUUGCGAAGGCAGUCAAGCAAUCUGCGAAGGCAGCUAGGCAGUUUGCGAAGGUAGUCAAGCAAUUUGCGAAGGCAGUCAGGGAAUUCUUGAAGAGAGUCAAAAAAGAGCCAAGCUUUGCGCCCCCUACUGUGGUGGUCAGUUUUGCCGUGCAUCUGACUGGUUUUUGACUCUCUUCAAAAAUGUCCUGACUUUUUUUUGACGUGUCGGCAUUUCCCUUCCCGUUCCGGCGUUCUCGAGAAUCAUCUACAACCAAAUCUUCGACGCUGCUUUACCAUUGUCCUGUCGGCUCGCUUCGGGCGACUAACUCGCGGGAAGGGUCCGGGGCACGCGGCCCCUCGGGCCGGUAGGUGUGCUACUGUCUGUAGCUGCGCCCAUAGGAGUGAGUCCCCAUCUCUUUCGGUAAGAGCAAGAGGUGUGGCGACGCGUUGGUGGUUAUUUACCACUGGGAGCCGUCGCUUCCGUUAGCGGGCUGCCCAUCCAAGGCUUGUUUGCAUGCUGCAGCCUCUUUGCCGUUGGCAGCUUCGUCUUCGCCACUUGUCGCGUUUUUGUCGCAUGAAACCACCCCAACAAACCGCGACUCGGGAAAGGAAGAAACAAAUAUCGCGCACGCAGGGAAACGGCAUGCGCUUUCUGCGCCGCCGCGCCCCUGUUUUGGUUGUCGAGAGGCAUGUGGAAAAAGCUCGGAAGUGUGCUGCUUGUAGGGGAUCCAUUUGGAAAAUGGCUCUCCUUCACAAAUUCGUCGAAAAUGCUUCACAGUCACAAAUUAAAUUACACCCCGGCACAGUUGGCGUUGAUUCUGAUCUUGAUUUGCUAGAUUAAGAUUUGUAAUCACUAGCCGCUGGAAAUAUUGGCGAACUCCCGAUGCCGAUCCCCGCGCCCAUUUGAUAGCUCUGGAGCGGAGAAAGUUUUGAAAGAACAUGACAUCGCGCAUCUCACACAAAAUCAGGAUGCGCAUCAGCAUGAGCACCAUGCGCAUAAGAACGAGAAGAAGAAGCACCAUGUCCAUGAGAAGCAUGGGGAGGAGCACCGUGCUCAUCCUCAUGAUGUGCAUCACUUUGACAAAGGCAAUGGGCCUGCGAGCACCAGUUUCGCCCAGGAAGACAGCGAGGGCCAGGGCUGGAUGGAGUUGCAGCAGCAGCGGGCGUAUGUGUGCAAAAGUUGUAUCGCGCUCGAAGUGAUUCUGAUUGCAACCAUGCACGCAGUUCCAGUUGGUCGGUGAUUGCGCCCCCACAUGGGCUGAGCAUUUCUUUUCUUUCAAGUUUGCGAAAGUCCUAGGGCACUGAAAUAGAUGAAAUACGAGCAAAACACUUUGGGGGACCUUUCAGCUUUGGGCCCCGUCAGUCUUCGUGGUUUCGGUUUGUGUUGGCGUAGGUCUGACCGCCGGCCUCGGGGAUAGAGCACCGCUUCGGCUAUGACCCCGCCAAGUAGUAUUCAGCGGGGCUAAAGAUAUAGCCUGCGGGCUGUGCAAAGUGAGCACAAUUUUACCAAAGCCAUGAGAAACGCUUCCGGUUUGCCUUUCUCCCUUCGGCUUGCUCUUGGUGUUUUUCACGAUGAAGAAAGAUCCUUGCGCCCUUCGCUAUGAACGGACGCAGAGCAUUCGGCAGCUACGUUCUUGAGUAGUUACACGCGUUCGCUGGCGCCCCUCGGUAUAAGCGUAGAGAAGUCGGCCAUGUCCUUGAGUGUUUCUUUUCGCCGUGCAAAACGCCAAGAAGCAGAGGAAGGGAGAAAGAGAACGAACCGGGAGCGUCCCGCGUGCCUUUGGUAAAACUAAAAGCGUGCGCAUUUCGAACAGCCUGUAGGAUGUGUUCUGCGCCCCGCUAAAUAUUAUCCGAGCCACGGCAUUCCCGGGCUGGCGUUUUUUCCCUGAGGCCGCUCGUGUUCCCGUUUUGCCCUGUCCUACGCCGACAGCCCUGCAAGUGCGUGCAAAAAGAGCGCAGAAAACUGGCCGCCGGCUUUCGGAAAAAAGGCCGGCCUUCGGCAGUAAGUCAGGCAGCGCCAGCCGUAGAAAACCCCCGCACGCCGGCGCAAAGCAUUCUUGCGGGAAAACGCAGCAGGGGGCCGCUGGAUAUCAGCGCUGUGCCUGUUGUAGUUUGGCCCCAUAGGGAAAAGCCCGGCCUUUGCUUCAUUUGCGUCCGUCCGUGGGUGCGUGACUGACAGAAUUCGCACGCAUGUGGCGGAGGGCACUGGGUGAUGCAAAAGACGAGAAAAGUCGCGCGUGGGAGCGCAUUACUAAGCUCAGCGGGCGGGUGCCGUUCUCACCGUAACACAAGCCUACAAGAAAAAGAACACGAAUCCUCCGGGCCCCCGCCCCCCAAAAAAGCAAUCUCCUCGCAGAGGCUCGGCCCGGCGCAAAACGUGGCUAAGCUGGAGCCACGGUCUGGCGAAGUGCCGGCAGCCGCGCCUGGCGGCCUUUCGCGAUGUCAAUCGGCUGCCACACUUCCAGCAUGAAACGGGCCCGGCCGCCUAUUAUUAUGGGUGUGCGACGACCGGGCGGCCCCCCGGAGCCCAGGAGUUCAGUGGUUUUCGCUGGAAGUUUUCACUUUCCGAAUGGGCACGGCGAAGAAGCACGGGGGGACUUCAACGUGGCAAGCGCCGCGCGCCGAAGUCGUGGCGGCACAGCAGGCGCGCUCAAACGGGGCGGCCAAAAGGCCCGAGUGCGCUCGUGAAGGAUGCCACUACUACGCGGAGGCUCCACCCUGGGCCGACUCUGCCGGCGGCCACCCAGAUCUCCGCGAGUAUGUGUCUAUUUCAAUGGAGGCCGCGAACCAACUUUGUUGCCCAAAUCAGUGGCCGGAAAUCCUGGGAAAAGCGCGCCAGUUUGGGGCGUAGCCAAAUAGUUCUCCAUACCUACCAUCGAGCGAAUCCGCCAGCUUACGCGCACCCGCCCCGCGCCCGUUUCAAAGUUUUUCCAAGUCUUCCCAAAGUUUUGCCGCCUUGCUGCGCUUUGAGGAUUUGGCGAGGCCCGCAAGCCUCCCGGACUUUGCAGAUUUUGGCACGGGAACCCGGCCCGUGCGGCUGGGGUUCUUUCGGCCGGGCGGGAGGGUCCCCGCUGCGGGCGGCGGCUCGGCCCGGGGGGCCGGGAGCACUUUCAGGUGGCGCUACGAGCGGGGAAGCACGCGCGGGCGGGAAAGUCUUCAAGGAAACGGGGACUAGCUAUGAUCUUCGGGCCCACUACCGUCCCACACAAUCAACCGAUGGGCAAGAGCCCCGAGCAACGCACUCCUCGCGAGUCAUCUUCGUCGCAAAGUCGCAGCCGCGCGGGGACACUGUUCCCACCAGACAGGAUUGCUUGUCAUGGGUAAAUAGCUCCGUAGUGAAUCCUGCAUGCGGUAUCCCAAGUGAUAGCGUUUCAACUAUCGAGACCCAGAUACACUUGCAACGCAUAGGAAGGAGGGAAGAGGAAUUGGUGGUGGGGACCCUGCGCAUGCGCACCUAAAUAUCCUGUCUGAAAACGUGCCCGCCGUAGAUUUGUCCGGUAUAAUCGCAUUCCUAGCAUGUCUCUCAUGCGGUCUACGCAUGGGACAGGGACGCGUUUUGUUUUUGUAAUUCCGUUUCGCAAUCGCCGCGCCCCAAUCGGGAUGAUGCAGUAGGACGACUCCGCUGAUGUGCGUUCAGAUUUGUCGCACGGAGUUCAUAUUAAGCCGAAGGCUCCUAGUUUUGUUCUCAUGUUGUGGCAGCAGACUCUAUAGCACUUGUCUAUUACGUGUGUGCGGAGGCGGAGGCGGACGUCUUCUGUCAGGAUAAUGAGCAUGAUGAUCGACGCACUGGCUGAGAGCACCACUGUGGAACAAACCAACGCACAAAUUUCGACGCACCAAAAAGACGAUGGCGAGGACCCGACAAUUGGCACGGUUGCGAUGGAUGACGAGUUUUCGCCGCCGGCGCACGGCUAGCUGGAAGUUCUGGAGUGAGCGAGUUUCGCUCGGGAAAAAAAGCCGGAAGCAGAAGGCUUGGGUCUUCUUCGUCACGGAUAAGUCUUUGCAUUCCACCACUGACUUCGCACCUUCAUCAUCAUCUUUAAACGAGCUCGACGACCCGGCUUCACGCAUAGAAUAGGCACCACUUCCACGAAGGAUUUGGCAGCGGCAAAAAAAGGGCAAAAGGUAUUCUGAAGCUUUCAACUGUUAGAUGUACAUAUUGUGCGUUCUCUGCGUUCUCUUUCAAUCUGAUGCCGUUUUCCCCGCAGCCACGACCGCCGUUUCUUCUUCCGCUCCGCCCCUGCUUCCGUCCCGGUUCCGCCACCGGCGCCGAAAGGGUUUCCAGGGUUUAGGGAGUUAGGGUUCCUUUUUUGAUUUUUGUGGCGCGCUUUCACGCGAUUUCCUUUCGAACAGCAGUUCCAUUCUCACCUGCCCAUGCUUUUUCUUUCACCUUAACAAAGGGCAAACGGGCUGCGUCGGUCCUUACUUUUUUCGUCAAGUGCCCACUGUGAAGGUUGCAGAAGACGGUCCGUCGCGCAUUAUUUUGGUCUGCGCCACUGCCACAUCCACAUGUCCGCUGACUCACAUCGGUGCGGUUGCAUCAGUAUGCCCUCUGUCACUUCGAGGCGCGAGGCCCGAUAUAAUUCGCCGUCUUCUGUCAGAGGCGUAUCAAAAUGGAUGCCACCCCUCCGCCUGCGCCAGUCCUGCCGAAGCGUAUCUGUUUUCCGUUUUCAGGGGGCGGCAGUGUGGUCCAUCACUCCCUGCGCGCUCAUUUGGUGUGCUAUCAUUCUUCAGCAUGCCCAGCUUUGCACCAGAUCCCGUUGAUAUAGAAGAUCGAAGCACCUCCGAGAAAUUUCAAAGCCGCCGCCUUCCUGGGCACUGGGCGUUCUCGCAUUAAGUGCCAAUUUCAAAAAAAGGAGCAGAGGACCGAAGCGAGGCGCGACCGUACACUCACACGUCGCAUUUCGUGGAUUCAUGUGGCUGCGGGACCUGGGCUGUCGUGAAUUGUUGCACCACUUGCGGACGGUAUAUGAGAAAGAAAAUCCAAAAUGAAAAAGUUUUAUUAACGCUUUGAGAUUUCAGUUUCAGGAUUUGUCGCUUGAUGUUGAAUAAUGAAAAAAAGUAAGGCGAAGUCCAGCAUAUGUUGCCUCAAGGGCAUUGGAUCAGAUGACGUUUCGCGAAGAGUAGAUAGAUUGGCACUGCGCACAGCACAAAUGUGGUUACUGCGCGCGAAGGCCUUCCUCGAGAGGACAAGUUUGCGACUAUUCAUUUUUGAAAACUUUUUGCUCUCGAUGAAUACGAAUGAAU